CCAACCUGUCCCCUGGUAGGGGGAGUGUCCCUGUAGGGUUGUCCUAUGGUGGGGGAGUGUCCCCGUGGGGAUCUGGGCUGUCCACAUGGGGCAGGGAAAGGAAAGGACCCUCUGGUGAGUUGAGCCUGUCUCAACAGAGGGAGGGAUGUGGGGAGUGCGCCCAGGGUAUUGGGGUCAGAGCCGCAUUAGCCUGCUGGAGCUGAGCUGCGCUGACUCAGCCCUAUCUCCCAGUCCCUGACCACCCCUGUUACUGUCCUGUGCCAUCUGCCUGUCCUGAUGGCACCCAUGCUGGCUCUGCCGCUGCCCCUCGGGCCCCGAGUGCGCCUGGCACAGGGACUCUGGUUGCUCUCUUGGCUGCUGGUGUUGGCGGGCAGCCUGGUACUGCUGGGCGCUGCUCACCUCCUGUCCCAGCUGCGCACCCUGGGCGCCUUCCUACCCCCGAGCUGCUACUUCCUGACGCUGCCUCGAGCUGCACUGCUGGCGGGUGCCACAGCGUUGGGAACAGGGCUGGGUGGUGCGGGUGCCAGCCAGGCCAGCCUGGACGCGGCACGCUACCCAGCCUGGCGUGCCAUGCUGGGCCCACUGCUGCUGGACACAGAGGUGCCCGGGCACUGCCACACUAAGUGGCUGAUGGACGAGCUGCAGCUCAGGCACCAAUGCUGCGGACGCCAUGGCUACAAGGACUGGUUCGGGGUUCAGUGGGUCAGCAGUCGCUACCUGGACCCCAGCGACCAGGACGUGGCAGACCGCAUCCAGAGCAACGUGGAAGGCCUCUACCUGACCGACAGUGUCCCCUUUUCUUGCUGCAACCCCCACUCGCCUAGGCCCUGCCUGCAGAGCCGCCUCUCGGACCCUUAUGCCCACCCACUCUUUGAUCCCCGGCAGCCUAAUCUAAACCUCUGGCCCCAGGGGUGCCAUGAGGUGCUACUGGACCAUCUGCAGGGCCUGGCAGGCACCUUGGGCAGCGUACUGGCCAUCACCUUCCUACUGCAGGUGCUGGUGCUACUUGGCCUGCGGUACCUGCAGACAGCGCUGGAGGGACUUGGUGGGGUCAUCGAUGGGGACGGCGACACCCAGGGCUACCUCCUCCCCCGAGGGUUCAAAGAUAUGCUGAAGACAGCCUGGCAACAUGCAGGGGGUACCCACAGGCCAGCACCUGCUGAGUCACCCACAAGAGAGGGCCCUGCCCAGGAGGACCUGCCAGAGGCCUAGGGGCCAGGGAGUUAGGGUCAGGAGCUACAGAUGGAGAACUUGGCUCCUUGCCAGGAGGCCCCUGAAUUGAGGAACUGUCCACAAGCCAGACAGAGAACAGGCACCCUCCUCUGCCUCUGUGAACAGCAGCAAUAGAGGACCGGAGGCUGCUUCUACACAGACUCAGUAAUAAAGCUCUGGGACAGAA